UUUGCGCGCUGCCAGGGCUCCGGGGGCCCCAGGGCCAGCCUGGUGAAGAGGCUCUUCCCGGGGCCCGGCAAGGACAGGACUCCCGAGCGCCCCGCGACGCCACAACUGGGGGUCCCCGCGCUGACCAAGCCCAGCCCCGGGGCACAAGGAAUCUUCGCGCCCCCAGGGAACAGAGCCGGGACCUCGGCCCCGCGGGCAUCGCGGCGCCCAGGGCUGCAGGGCUCGAACUCUGACCUCAGCCUGAGAAGCUGCGACCGGGCCGACCGCGACGCCUUCUUCCAGUUCUGCGGCCUGGACCCGGAGGUGGUGGAGGCCCUGGGUAGGGACAACUUCUCCACGAGCUCGGACCGUGUGGCCCUCAAGGUGCACAGCGUGAGCGUGGCCACCUCAGACGGCGGCUUCUCCAGAAACAGCAGCGGGGAAGACGACGUGCUGCAGGUGGAGGCGCUCACGGAGCAGGUUCCCAGCACCACCUCGAUCGUGGAAAGGAACGCGCGCAUCAUCAAGUGGCUGUACACCUGCAGGAAGGCCAAGGAGACACCCGGCCAGGGGCUGCAGGGAUCCGUGUGACUGUCCUCGCUGGGGAGGAGGAUCAAGGUUCGCCCUGGAAAUGCUGGGGCCGCGGGCCCUUGGGCCAGAGAUUGGCGACCCAGCUGGGUGCAUUUUCCAGCUGUGCUUGGGGUUCAGCCCCUGCAACUAGAAGGGACCCCAGAGAUGGAGAUGCAGUGGUUUCUGGAUAGUCAAGGUAGCCAGAGCAGAAAGAGUUGGGGGUAGGGUUCUUUGCAGUGGGCUGCACCUGCUGUCCCUAUAAGUUAAUACUGCCCCACUCAGCUUACUAUUGUGAAAAGAGGAGAAAUCAGAAUUAUUGAUUGCUGUCAGUGAGCGGUUUCACUCCCCUGCUAUCACCAUUUCCUGCAACAAAGUGGUCCCAGAGCCCAUGGCCUGUGUGCAAUGGACCAAGCUUGCUGGGGCCUCACCUGAGGCCCAAAGACAGGCUGCAGGCACUUUCUGCGAGGCCUUGAAAAUUCCAAGAUUCUCCAUGGGCCCUUGUUCAAAGUGUGGCAUUCAUUUAGCAAGAAAAGAUCUUUAUUUGGGUAAAUUUUAUUUAAAUGGGUUUGAGGGCUUAGGUUUUUUUGAACUGGGUGAACUGGACCCGACUCUCGUUCUGAGCUGCCCUGGAUCUCUGGCUAACCUGGGACAUGCAGUGGAACAGGACUGAGCUCCAGCUCUUCUGCCAGGUGGGCUGAGGCUUUCUCUGGGAAGCUGAGGCAUGCUGCUUCCUUGCCGUCUGGGGGGAGGCCUCAUGGGAGUACAGAGGAGAUGACAGCAUCUAAAGGCUGUCUUGGAGAACCAAGGAUUUCAAUAUUUCAAUAACUAUAAAAUUUUUAAAUCAAUUUUGCCUGCCAUCGAGGUACUAAUCGAAAGGGCAGCAUCAUCAGGGUUAGAGCUGGGAGAGGGGCCACAGACAUGCUUGUGCUCCGCCCAUCUGUGUUCAAGGACAGAAAGAAGCCCCAAGAACUUCUCUGAGUGGCCUCAGUACAGAUGUGAAAUAGCAAGGGGGGGACUUCUUAUUUUCCUGGAAACAGAAGGCUCAUGCUUGAACUUCUUCCUUAUAAUUUAUUAAAAUGUUUGCAUCUUACACUAGUUUAAGUCUCCAAACAGUGUAGAUAACCAGUCAAAUUUUAAAGAAACACAAAAAUAUUAAUUUGCAUGUGUUAUUGCCUUCUUGGCCUGAGAUGAGAGGAUGCCGCUGAGGGUGCCCCACACCCCUAUGGUCUCAGGGGAGAAGGUCUGGCACAGAGAGCCAUGCUGUCCUCAGGACUCUCCUGUGCCCACUGGUGCCGGGGCCUGAUGCCAGGCCUGCUUGUCCAUACAGUGCAGGGAGGUAGCCAGAGGUUGUCCAGCCUCUGCAUUUUAUUGACUUUGUGUUCAAUCAACAAUCUGCAAAUCUAUCUUUGGAGCUUGGAAUCUAGUAAAAGAAAACAAAAAAAACAUCGCUUAUUGGGCUGUUGAAAAGUGAGCAAGCUCUGUCCAAGUAGGUGACAGGUGGAGUCAGUGUAAAUAGUGGUGAUGUAGAGACAGGAUACUCACAUACUGAGGUAAAAAUGACAACAUAAAAUAAAACCUGGCUGCCUCUCAUCCCUCUAGACCCUGUCUCCAGUGCUCCGGCGUCAAAUCCUAACCUGGAAGGGGAUUGGGAUUUAGUGUGCAGAGUGGCCGUGACAGUGUCCUUCUCAGUUUGAACAUAUGAAAUACAUGAGAAGUCUGGUUAGGCCAAGAACUUCUACCUCAAACAAAAAGAAGAGUGUUGAAGCAAGAGGGAAAGUUCAGAUCCAGCAGGGCUGGAGCCCAGGCCACAGCCAGAGGGUGACAUGUGCCGUGUGCCGCUCAGCUUUCCCAAGACCGGAUCUGCGCCUUCACAACAUGGGAAGCAAGAACUCGUGCUCUGCUCUUUUUGUAGUUUACCAAGACAUUUGUGUUGCAAUCCUUAAAGAUUCUUUUUGGGAUUUUAUGAACAAUUCAGAAAAUUUGAGAUGACUAAAGGUAGGCUUUAUAAGUAAAAUAAUACAGCUAUGUUUUAGGGCCAGGGACUUAGCUCAGUGGUACAGCGCCUGCCUCGAAAUUGCAAGGUUGAUCCCUGUUACAAAAAAAAAAAAAAAAAAAAUGCAAAUAUAUUCUACAUGGAGGCUGUGUCCACUAGACAGAGAUUUGUAAAUUAGUCCAUCUAGAACUAAAUCACGUGUUUCUCCAUUUGCUGUCCUAUGAGGUAAAACUGUUUGUCAUGAGUGGAAAUGUCAGAACCAAAGGAUGAGUCAUAGCAUCACCGUGCAUCUCCUGGGACCAGGAGCAGGGCAUGGCUGCAGAGGGCUGCUGUGGAUUCUCUUUCUCGUCAUUUAACUCAGAAACAUUGCUCUUCCCUUCACUGGUUCUUAGUCAUCUUAUUCUUUCAUUCAUCAAACUGAUGGAUUACUUGCCAAACGAUAGAUCUUUCUGGCUUUUGCAUAAAAUAUAUAAAUUGCUGGUUAUAAUACUGGUGUAAAAGCCUGGCGAUUUCGCCUUUGAGAUAGGAAUACAAAUUGUUUAAUUUCAGAGCAAAAAAUUCAGAUCUUGUCUGCCACCUCUAUCUCUCUGUGGUCAAGAUGGGGGUUCACUUAGAAGUCCCAGACAGCAUGUGGGAUAGACUGCACCUCACACUUCAACUGUGUAGGACACAGGACAUGUGGACAGGGACACCCAUGCAAUGUAGGACACAUGGAUGGGGUGCCCCACCUCUUAGGCUGGUGACAUCCAGCCUCGAUGUGCCUUUCUUCUUCUGCCCCUCUGGGAAGCUCUGCAGUUUCCACCAGGAACACAAUCUGGGUAGAUACCCUCAAGGCUCAGGGCUGCUCCCUUCCCUGUCUUCUGGCCAGCACCUGAGCGUGGGCUUUGCAGGGUAAUGUUUUAUAGCAGACAGGCUCUCAAUCACAUUGUCUCUUUGCUCCUCAGAAAGCAAGUGCCCCAACAAUCAGGGACCCCGAUGCCAUGGGGGACAGGGGACCCCAGGGCUGUUUGUGCUGUGAAUCUCAGCUGCUUUUCCAGGAAUGAAGCAUCCUACUGCCAAAGCUCCCAUGACCAGAGAAGGUCUGAAAUGCUGAGGACAAGGAGGGAAGGCAGAUCUUGUGAACUGGCUGAGUUAGAACUGGUAACUGCACAAAUGAAGAGAUGUUCUUGGAGCCAAUGUCCUGUUCACUCAGGGCAGCUGGAGAAGGGAGAGUUGCUGAGAAAUAUUUUCUGGGGCAUCUUUUUGACUGACUUGCUGACCACAAGAUACUGUGAUGCAUUUUGUCAAUCCCUGAAUUGAUUUUUAGAAAGGGGAAAGCAUGAAAAUCAAGCCUGGGUGCCAGGUGAUCUGCACCAUAUAGCUCAAGGUUCUGUAAUCACAAGAAGGCAUUCUAGUUACAGACUGCAGCUAAUGAAGUGUACACACACACACAGACAGAGAGAGAAAACAAUUUCCAGGGCAUCUCUGCUCUGUGAACCACAGUUCUUUCCCAAACAGUGCAACCCAUUAUCUUAUUUAAUGAGCCAGGAAACACAUUUAAAAUCAAGUGCCGUCCCUGUGGGCUGUAGCUGUGUGGAAAGACUCAUGAAAACAUGAGUGAGAGCUGAUCUCCUGCCAAAAGGAGCCUUUCACUGGACUAGGGCAGUUUCUUGAGAGGUGAAGAAGAACCUUGAGGUCCUUUGGUCAGGUCCUUUGCAGCCUUCUCACAAUGGGCUCUGCAGUGUUUUUUCACAGCUUCCAAAGAGGACAGAAACCUGGUUCACAAGGGGCAGUGCCCGAGGCAGGAGCACUUCCCUGGCCCAGAGUCAGCCCCACCCACACCCCAGCAACUCAUCUGGAACUGGCACCAUUUGCUCUUUCCUGUCAAGGGUGUGUUUUGCAGCCAUGGAUGGUGCCCAGAGCUGGAAGACUGGAAUCCAGUCCUAGCUGGCAACUGUUGGGACCCCAACUCUGAACUUGCUCAUGCCUUCUGGGCAGGAGGGAUUUCAGAUUCGGAACCUUUGGAGAGAAUGUACAUCCAGGAUAACCUAAAAAAUGUGUCAUGAUGCCAACUCUUUGAAAGCUUACUCUGUUUAAUCAAAAUAAUCUCUUCUAGCAUACAGUUAUUUGAGAAGAAUAAGGGAAGACAGGAAUUUCUCAAUGGUACCAUCUUUUAUAAACUACUCCAUUUAAUAUAUUCAUGUGUUUGUUUAAAAGUAUACCCUGUGUAACUUUUAGAGUGAGAAUAGAUCUUUGAGAUAUGUAAAUAUGUAUUUUUACAAUGACUGCUCCUCAGUUUUCCUUUGCAUCACACGACCUUGGCUUAUCACUUCAGUUUUAAAUCUUUUUCUCCUUUGUCAUUGUCUUUGGUACAAUGUUUACUUGAACUUUCAUCCUUUGUCUGAAUGAGAGUGGGGUGCUCGCCUCCCUACCAAGUGCUCUGUGUGACAGUGACUUGUUUUCCACUGAAUCCAGAGGAGGGGCCAGGGCUGUGUGGCUAUCAGAGGUUUAACCAAUAGGUGACCUGACUGGGGAAGUCGCCCCUAAAAUUGCUCUGCAAAUUCUGCUGUUUUGCUGUUCACUGUACCACACUCAGUGUAAAAAUGUAUCAACAAUGAGUGCAGUUUCCCAAGGCUCAUAACCCAAUUCCUUCUUUUCAGAUGUCCCACUAAUCUUACCUGUGAAUGUGUAAGUGAAAUCCUUCCUUCCUGUUCAUCUGUAGAACAGGGUGGACUGCAGCCUGGGUCAGAAUCAUCACUCAUGUAAUAGUUGGAAAAUAUAAUUAGCAAACUGGUUUCAGUUGGCAUUACCAGAAUUUUUGGAAUCAUUUGCCUGCAGUGGUGGCCUGGGGAAGGAGUCGCUUUUAUUUGGAAUGAAUUCUGGAAGCAGAUGUCAGAGAUGGGACAUGAGGACAAGUGACCAGAGUAGGGUCUAACAAGAAGCAGCAAGUAACCUCUUUGCCUUCAGAGUCAGGCCUAACCCUGUGUCUCUAGUAUGUGGUCAGGCAUGAGAUGUCUUUUCCCAACCCUGAAUCACCUCAGUUUUCUGAGUGACUUAAAGAAAAAAAACAAGUGUAACUCCAUCUCCAUGCAAAGUUUGCUUUCCACAAGAGUGAGUAAUCAUUAACUGCUGCAAAAUGCUUUCAUUUGUUCUUGGAAGAGUAGCAUAUAACAAAAUGAUUAAAUAUAUUGGAAAGAAUACAAAUGAUCAUAAAGCAAGAAAAAUAGCUAGACAGCAGUCUUUCUUGUUUGUGGCUUCAGAUCAGCAUUGCCCCAGACUGAAAGGAAUGUAUGUGCCUGAAGACCACAGCUGGUGAGUGAGAAUUUUGCACACAGGGCAUGGAGUCUGUGGGCCCUUGGUACCAGAGGAAGAGGGAGGCUUCCUUGUACUCUGCCCUUUUCAUUGGUCCAGAGUCCACUGCUGUUAUGACUGGUGGUGCGAUAAUGCACCAGAACAGACAGUCAUUCGGGCGGCUUCUAAGUCUGGAUUUUUCUGCAUGCUACGUGCAGCUGGUGUGCAUUAUUUUUAUACAUUGUAUUAAAGAAAUAAAGCACUUAUAGCAUUUGAUUUGUGUGUUUAACAAGGUGAAGCAAUCUUAAGUGGGUGUGUGCUCACACUAAUCCCACCUGACUUGUAUUUUCCCCCCUUUCUUUCCAAAUGUCACCUGUCCAGAUCAUCUGUGGAAAUGUGGAAAGCAUUCCAAGACUUGGCUGAAGCCAGCAGUGUAGUACCUGUC